AUGCUCUUGACAAGUGGUCGAGUGAGGCGGAGAAAUGCGGCGCCGAUACAAAAGACCAUUCAAACAAAGGCGUCCGUGGUGGACCAGCUGGAGGAGGCGCUGCAGGCACGGGAUUUCUCCAAGGCCACAACAAUGCUAGAGUUCUACAAGACGACAAACCAGCCGGUUGGCGAACUCUCCAUUAACCCAUGGCUGGCAUACAGUGCAUUUCACAUGAAUGAUGUGGGAAAGGCUAUUGAUGUCUACAAGGAGUUAUUGUCCCUAGAACGUUGUGAUCCAAUGCACUAUAUCCACAUGGGAUGUUGUCACUUUGUUAAUGGAUCCUACAAGGAGGCAGAGGAGUGUGCGUUAAGGGGACCAGAGUGUUCUUUGCAAACACGUUUAUUGUUUCACAUUGCCCAGAAAUUAUACGAUGAGGAAAAGUUGCUGGUUUACCACCAGAAGUUGAAGGAUACGGUUGAGGAUCAACUUUCAUUGGCCGCGGUUCAUUACUAUCGGGGCCACUUUCAAGAAGCCAUUGAUGUUUACAAGCGAAUUCUACUAGAAACCCGAGAGUACGUAGCACUCAACGUGUACGUUGCGAUGUGUUAUUACAAGUUGGACUACUAUGAUGUUAGCUUGGAGGUGUUGAAUGUAUACUUGCAAACACAUAGCAACAGUGCCACUGCCAUCAACUUGAAGGCAUGCAAUCACUACCGUCUGUAUAAUGGCAAGACGGCAGAGGGAGAGUUAAGAGUACUCAUCGACCUGCAGCGGUCAACUUACAAUGUUGAGAA